UGUUAAUUGCUGCAUCCUCGUGUCAGCCUGAGGUACUUGUGCGGGGAGACGAGGAGGAGGAGGAGGAGGAGAACUUGCUGUCAGGAUGUGAGUGCGUGCCUGCCCGCAGAGUGUAAAUAUAGAUCCGUGCGCGGAGGGAGGCGCUGGCUGCUAUCAGCUCACCGGCAGUGGUUGACCCUGGGAGCGGCUCAUCUGACAAGCCUGACCUGUGCACCGGGAACAAGGAAGGAGGAGGAGGUGCUGCUACCGGUGAGCUGGCUGCUGGGCAACGAUGGAGGUUGUGUGGAGAUGGUAGCACACAAACUGAGCACGUGGCGAAGAGACCAACAAGCGGGGACUAAGUAGAAAAAUCGCAGAGCCAAUGUGUUGCAAGACUCGCCCUCAGAAUGGCUUCCAAUUUCAAUGACAUUGUGAAACAGGGGUAUGUGAGGAUGCGGAGCAGAAAGCUGGGGAUCUACCGAAGAUGCUGGCUCGUCUUCAAGAAAUCUUCCAGCAAAGGACCCCGGAGAUUGGAGAAGUAUUCAGAUGAGAAAUCAGCCAACCUCAAAGGGACUCCCAAGGUGACGGAGAUGAGCAGUGUGAAGACGGUCGUCCGUUUACCGAAGGACACCAAGCGCCAGGCGGUCGCUCUCACCUUCAACGACAACAGCUCCCGCACCUUCACUUGCGACUCAGAGCUCGAUGCUGAGGAAUGGUACAAAAUCCUUUCUAUUGAAUGCCUGGGGGCCCGACUAAAUAACAUCAGCCUCGGAGAACCAGAUCUGCUGGCUGCUGGCGUUGUAUGUGAACAGAAGGAGCGUUUUAAUGUCUACCUCAUCCCGUGCCCGACACUGGACAUUUAUGGCGAGUGUAUGAUGCAGAUCACCACUGACAAUAUCUAUCUCUGGGACAUCCAUAACACCCGCACCAGGCUGCUCACCUGGCCUCUCAGCUCCCUACGGAGGUACGGACGGGACACCACUCGCUUCACCUUUGAGACUGGACGGCUAACGCCUGGCACUGUCUGCAGGUUGUGUGACACAGGCGAGGGUGUCUUCACCUUUCAGACUCGCGAGGGGGAGGAGAUUUACCAGCGAGUUCACACAGCAACCCUGUCGAUAGCUGAGAGACACAAGCACGCGCUAAGGGAGGUGGAGAACAACGUGCGGCUGUUAAACAGAUCGGCGGAACCGGAGCAUUUUUCCUGCCCCCCGAGCACAAUUCUCCCUCGAAGCGCCUUCUGGCAUCACAUCGCAAGCUCCCAGCUUGCUGCGGAUGUGGAGCACAGCAACCCAGCGCUGUACUGUUCAGACCCAGCGGGAGGCGAGGCAGACUCCGUGCAAGCGAGUUCUCUGAAGCGAGACUGCCGGUCUUCUGCGCACUUUACUGCUCAAUGAUAGCGGCGGAGCCGGCGAGGGGCGAUAGACGCAGCUCUCCGGAGACUGGGUUAAAGCACCUUCAGACCAGAGACUGCCAACGAAUAGCGGGAGCCGGCCCCUACCAUAGGGAGAGCGGGGACAGAAGCAUGACACCCGAGCAAGGGCUGCAGCGGUAAUGUCUCCACAUGGGCUGACGGGGGCGCCGUGGGACAGCAUUGCUGUAAACACCCCCGUAAACAGACUGCUACGAUCUGGGUACAACAGAGCAAAAAACAAAGUGCUGGAGGAACUCAGCGGGUAAGACAACACUGUGGAGGGAAUGGACAGUCGAUGUUUCGGGUCCGAACCCUUCAUUAAACCGGGUCACCGACAGCUAUGUUCUUCGUGCACCGAUUUAUUUGGUGUGAGACUGAAACUUUUUCUUGGACAGAUAUUGGAAUCACAAGUUGCCGUCUGUCCUGCUGAGUUCCUCCAGCUGUUUUUAUCUACUGCAGAUGCUGGAGUAAGAUUUGCCCGUUGAUUAGUAUCGGACGGCACUCACAGACUGGCUGCGUGCGCUCUCUUCUGUACCCCGUGUUGAAUGUGAAGGGUCCAAACAAACACUGCCUUAACUCCACGUUCAUUGCAGUCCGCUGCCUCGGCUCCACUCUCCAGGCCGGCGGGACCCGCGCAUCUCCCCGCCAGGGCCGGAACAGGACCGAGUGCCCGGCACCGACGCCUUGGUCCGGGCCGACACCAACAAGUUAGUGCGGGCCCAGUUGUAGAGGGACCAGGAAGCACAUUGACAAUUUCGGAACAGAGGGAAUUCUCAUCCCUGUGCCCAUCCCACGCUUUCCGCGGCUUCCUCCAACCAGGGGCUCCAGAGAAGGAAACAGACUGACAGCAAGCACACUCAAGACCGAUACUCCAGGCAGGGUUUGGUGGGUGGUAGGGGAGAGGUUCAGCUGGCGCAAAUUUGUUUAAGUGUGGUUGAAGCGUGCCCCCCUGCAUCCGAUCCCGGCCGCCUUGCAUCUUAUCCACUAUUCAUUAGACGCAUGAACACGCUUCACGUCGAUGCGCUGCCUCUUGCAUGUAUCCCCAAAGAACAGCUUCCCAAUAGAGUGCAAAAAUAAAUCAGUGUUCUCACCAAAAUUAUCGACGCUUUUGUUAAACUGCACGUGUUAACCAUACAGCCACACAGCACGGAAACAACUCAUCCAUGCCGCCGGCCACGGAUACAGCCCCUGCGGUCCAACUUAUCCAUGCCGACCAAGAUUCUGCGUCUAAACAAGUCCCACCUGCCCGCAUUUGGCUCCUAUCCCUCUAAACCCCAUCCAUGUACCUGUUUAAAUGUAAUUUAAAUAUUGUUAUGGUACCCGUUUCAACUACCUACCUUGACAGCUCGCUCCAUAUACCCACCACUCUAUGUUCGAAUAAGUUACCCCUCAGGCUCCUAUUUAAUCUUUUCCUCCUCACCUCAUGUCCUCUCGGUGAUGAUCCCACUACUGCGGGCAAAAUAAUAUGUGCAUCUACAUUAUUUAUUCCUCUCAUGAUCUUAUAUCCUCUAUAAAAACAAAAAGACAGACCGGCCACGAUUGAAUGACAGGCUAGACUCGAUGGGCUGAAUGGCCUAAUUGUGGUCCCAAGACUAUCACUUCUCAUCCUCCUGCGUUCCAAGGACGAUGAGAAGUGCCUGCUCAACAGGCAUGAAUGAAUGAAUGGAUGAAACACACGUUAUUAUCACAUGUGACCUGUCAGUGAGAUUCUUUGUUUUACAGACACAAGUUUGCAAUGAGCCGCCAUAUAUGGGGUGGCAACAAAGUUACAAAGUAUUCCAUUUAGUCCCCAAUGGUCCCUCUGUGUUGUCGGCAGCCUUCCCACGCCGGGCCCCCCCCUUUGUCUCACGGCCCUUCCACGCCCUUCCACACCGGGUCCCCAUUCUCUCACCGCCCACCCCUGCCGGGUCCCCCUUUGUCUCCCGCGACACGUCUGGCACCCAUGAGGUCCCGUCCGACCUAUGGCACUCACGUGGGCCCGUCCUCGUCCGAUCAUCAGCACCUGACCUCGACUGCCGGCCCCUCCCUAUACCUCAGACUUCAAGUCCUGACAAUAUCUUUGUAAAUCUUCUCUUCGCUCCUUCCAUCUUUCCUACGGCAGGAUGACCAAAACUGAACACAAUACUCCAAACGUGGCCUCUCCAAUGUCUUGCACAACUGUAACAUAAUGUCCUAACUUCUAAAUACCCUCACUGAUGAAGGCUAAUAUGCUGAGAACCUUCUUUACCACCCUAUCUACCUGUAACACCACUUUUCUGAUGUGGAGGCUUUAGAAAAAUUGCAAAGGUUUACCAGAAUGAUGCCUGGAAUGGUAUUCGCUACUUGGAUUAUUUUUUCUGGAAUGCCAAUGGUCGCAGGAAGACCUGAUAAAGAGUUUUAUAAAAUCAUAAAGUUUCCCAAACCUUAUAUACAUUUCCCUUCUCUUUCUGACUAAAUUUAUAUCAUCUCUAAUUUUCCAUGAACACCAAACUCUGACAUCCUGUCUUUCUUCACGCAGGUAUAUGUUAGUCCUGAAUUCUGACCAGCCAGUCUUUAAACAAUUCCCAUAUAUCAGAUACCCAACAUACAGACUUCAUUACCAAUUUCCAACCUGUAUUCAAAUUCACUUAGACCACCUCCGAUAUCUCCCUUCUGUUUCUUGAUCUCACCAUCUCUGUCACAGGAGAUAGAUUACCGUCCAACAUCUAUUACAAACCUACUGAUUACAAAUCCCGCAGCUAUCUAGACUACACUUCUUCCCACCCUGCCUCCUGCAAAGACUCUAUCCCCUAAAUCUAAUUCCUCCAUCUACGCAGCAUCAGCGCAUAAGAUGAGAUGUUCCAUACGAAGACGUCCAAGAUGUUCUCAUACUUUUGGGAAUGGGGUUUUCCCAUCUCCAUCACAGAUGAGACCUUCACCCACAGCUCUGCUCUUGCUCCCCCUUCCCCCAGUCGCAACAGGGACAGAAUCCCCCAGUCCUUACCUUUCACCCCAUCAGAUGUUGCGCGCAGCAUAGUCCUCCAACAUUUUUGUCACCUCCAACAGUAUCGCACCACUAGGAACAUCUUCCUAUCUCCACCCCUUUACGCAGAGACAACUCCCUCCGCUACUCCCUGGUUAACUCAUCCCUUCCCUCCCCAGGUACUUUCCCUUGCAACUGCAGGAGAUGCAACACCUGUCCUUAUACCUCCUUCGACUCUGUCCAAGGACCCAGACAGACCUUUCAGGUGAGGCAGAGGUUCACUUGCACCUCCUCCAAUCUCAUCAACUGUAUCCGCUGUUCCAGGUGUGGACCACUAUAUAUCGGUGGGACCAAGCACAGGCUCGGCGACCGUCCAGUGAUCGCUGAGUACCUCUGUUCAGUCCGCCUAGGCCUACACAUCUUCCAGUUGCUAAACACUUUAAUUCCCCCUCCCAUACCGACCUUUCUGUCCUGGGCCUCCACUGCCAGAGUGAGGGCCAACGCAAAUUGGAGGAACAGCACCUCACAUUUUGCUUGCAACCCAGUGGUAUGAAUAUUGCUUUCUCUAACUUCAAGUAGCCCUUGCAUCCCUCUCUCUGUCGCUCUCCACCCUAGUUCUCCGACUAGUUUCACUGUCCUGAUUAAUUUUACUGACUAUAUGCCUCGUGGUCACUUUCCCCUCGGGCAACAAUGAACCAUUCUACAUUUCCUUGAACAGCACCUGCUUUGAUCCGUCGUUUUUACACAUUACCUGUUUAUAUCUCUAGGCUACCUCUCCCCUGACUCUGUCUGAAGAAAGGUCUCGACCUGAAAAGUCACCCGUUACUUCUCUCUAGAGAUACUGCCUGUCCGGCUGAGUUAUUCCAGCAUUUUGUGUCUAUCUUCAGAUACCCAACAGCUGCUCCCAGUUGAUUCCAAGUUGCACUUUCUCCCAAAGUCCAGUUUUGUCCUUAUCCAUACCCAUCUCAAAACUUACAGAAUUAUAAUCGUCACACACCAAACGUUCUCACUGAAAUGCCAACUACUUGGCUCGAUUUAUCCAAAUCAAGUAUGGCACCUUCCCUGGUUAGAUUGAUUCAAGAAACUUUCCUGGACACACCUGACAAAUUAUGUCCCUUCUAAACCUCUAGCACUGAGUUAUUAUUGGGGAAAUUAAAGUAAAUGUACUGUUGCUUUUACAUCUUUCCAUAAUUUGCCUACAUAUCUGUUCUUCUAUCUCCCGCUGACUAUUGGGUGGUCUUUAGUAAAACUCCAGCAGAUUUCUCCUUCUUAUCUGAGCUCUACCCGUAUUGCCUCAGUGAUGAGCUGUCCAGGAUUAUCAUUGACACAUGGCUUGUUUCCCCUCCAACUAACAAAGAAAGCUUGUGGAAUUAUGCACUAACAACAACAUUUCACAAUUUUAGAAAUAAUUAACCUCAAGCCUUAAAUACUAAACACAUCAAAUUUCCACGGUUGGAGUCACAUGGAACCACAACUGCCAGAAUCUUGAGUAAAACAAAGCGCUGAGGGAGCUCAGCAGCUCUGGAGCCUCUGUGGAAGGCAUGGAUAGGCAACAUUUCAGGUCAGGACCCUUCUUCUGACUAGUUGGGGGGGAGCUGGGAAAGUGGUGGGAGCAGGGCAUAGCCUGGCAAUUGUUAGAUGGAUAUGGGUGAAGAUUUUUUGGCCAAGGUUUGAGGUUGUGGAAGCAGAACUCUGAGAUAUAUUCCUCUGACUGUAACACACAAUUGUGAAAUUGGUUCUCCUUGGUGAAAUCCUUUUCCUGCAGAGGCCUAAAAUUGUCAAACACCACGCCCGACACCCCCAAAUUAAGCCAAAAUCACAGCCAAAUUCCACAAACAAAUGCCAAACCUCUUUAUUCAAACGUUCCGGAGGAGGGGUGUAGCUCCACAAGAAAUGGAUUCACAAUCAGAUGGGUUGUUACAACAAACUAUGGGUUUCCAUAGUCCUCAGCACCAACGAUUCCUUAAAAUAAAUGUUUACGAUCUAAA